AAGCCGGAAAUUUGUUGCGCCUGACUAGAUGGUGGAUAUGUGUCUUGUCCAGCAGAUAUGACAUACAUUAAUUACGAACGGGAGUACUGUCAACAUAUCCUCUUUCAUGCUUUUAGAUUAAUACAUGACCACGCGCGUUUGCCGGUUUCUACCUACACCUCCUGUAUAUGAUAUUUCUGUAGUAUGAGCAUAUUAACGUUUCGCCUCCAAUAUGCAGUCUAUAAUGGCAAAUACGGGUGCAGCCGUCGCGGCAGCGCUACUACUCCAUUAGGAUCCCCGCAGUUAUUCUCCUAACAUUUCGACGCUUAGGGCCCGUCGAUUUACAUAAUUAAAAGUUCUCCUGCUGCUUAAUCUGAAGCUGUGCGUUGGCGACAUGUACAGGAUAUUGUUAUCCUUUGCAUAUGGGCUAAACUCGGGAUUUGACAAUCUCUUCCUCUUCUGUGCUUAAUGAUGUAUUGCUAUGUCCCCAUGAACAAAUCAUCGCUACUGGCAGUUCUUAUUAUUACCUUAUGAGGAACAAUGAGGACUGAAUGCUUUGCCGGCUAUUCAAUGUUGUCAAUUAAUGACUAUACUCCCAGUUGUUGACAUGCGCGCGUUGACUGUAUGGAAAAUGCUCGUUUCCUCGUGAUCAUGGUGCCGCAAAUGAUGGCAAAGAGUACUGUUUAGUAAAAGGCCAUACCAUUAUUUGACAUUUAUUGUUAAAGAUUAUACAACGAUAGGCCAGUAGAGCAAAAUGGCUUAAUCAGUUCUAAUAAUUUUCCAACGCUGCAACGGGAUUCGUCAGCGUGUUUGAGUGUAGAAGGUCAAUCAACUACCGCAUACCGGAUGGCAUAUUGGUGUGGGAUACAAAACACAGUAUAAAGUGUUAUUAUACGAUCCGAGCGAAAGGAAUUUAUCUACAUUGCCAGCGCAACAUGCAAUCUUCGUCACGACAACACGAUAUAGAGCACAAAGCUUUUACAUCGUUUAAAGCUCACAUUCCCCAAGCAGAUUAUUAUGGCUUGGCUCUGUGGGAUGCUUUAUGUUUGAUGAUUAUCCUCUUCGCUUUUUCGGAUAAAUUGAGGAUAGUCUAAAUGAGCCUUCCUACACACAGCAUGCGUUCGGAUUGAUGUCGUACUAUGACAUGACCUUUAUGUUUCCAAUGGACUGACUAUUGCUAAUAAGCUGUUACUCACUUCCGGUAAUAAAGAUACAAUUUACAAUGAUUUAUUGAUUGUUGGGACUUUUUAUGAUGUGUUCCGCGGGGUGAAAGGAGUAUAUGCUGACACUGCGACGUUUCUUCCGUAUCUCUCUCCAUAUUAUUUCAAUUUAUUCAUCCAGCAAAUCCUCAUCCUUCUGACUUUGUGCCCUUGACCAAUUCAUUAAGAUAACGGCAGCAGACAUUUGACGUCAAAGAUGGUUGACCUGGACACCGGAAUCCGUUUAAUGGAGAAUGUCACUCCGACGACCUCCGAUGAGGCAUGCGAAACCUUAGCAAUGUGGCUAAAUACCACACCGGCAUUUCAGCAGUAUGGCAUAGAAAACUUUUCGGCUCUCUUGGUCAACUUUACCGUACUGCGCAAUCCCCAGUACUCCAUUCCGGUGUACGGUUACGUGACACCGUUGCUCUUCAUUAUCGUUCUCUGCACUAAUACCAUCGUGGUGGCAGUUCUAUCGCGGCCCCACAUGCGCUCACCCACCAAUUUCAUUCUGUGUGUAAUGGCCAUCAGUGACCUUCUGACGUUGGGCAUACCGGUGCCCAUGUUUAUCUACCAGUACACGGCGGGAUUUCAUCCGGAACCGGUGCCCUGCUACCUGGCGUAUCUGAAUAUGCUGAUGACGGAUACAUUGCCCACGGUCUGCCAUUCGGCAUCGGUGUGGAUGACCGUAUUGCUGGCAUUCCAACGCUACAUUUAUGUUUGCCAUCCAACACGUGCGCGGACAUGGUGCACUGUUCCCCGGGUCAUGUAUGCCACUAUUUGCCUGUACGGACUGGCCACUGCUUACAAUAUACCGCGUUUAUUUGAAAAAAGCAUGCAGGAUUUUCCCAUGCCAUGGAAGUGCAGAUACGUCUCUCAGUGCACGGAAUCCUUUUAUCCCUGGUCACAAUAUUAUCUGCCGGUGUUUUACUGGUUCCGUGUUCUCUGCGUCAAUUGCCUGCCAUGUGUGCUCCUUGUGAUUUUAAACACAUUACUGGUUAUUUCCCUUAAUGAAGCUCAAGCCAACCGUAAGCGCUUAUUCAGUGAGCGGAAGCAGCAGGAAUCAUCCAAGCAGCGCGACAAUACCUGCACCACCAUGAUGCUCGUCGCCGUGGUGUGUGUAUUCCUCAUUGUUGAGCUGCCGUUGGCCGUUAUUGUCCUCUUGGUGAUUGUACAAAAUACAUGGGAGCUGGACCUUAUGAAUAAGGGCGUAAUGACCACUCUGAUAACCUUCUCCAAUCUGUGCAUCGGUCUGAGUUAUAUUAUCUACUUUCCGAUUUAUUGCUCAAUGUCACGGCAAUUCCGUGAGACAUUCAAGGAAUUGUUCAUUAAAGCCAAACAACUCUCGCACGAGACAGUCCGUAAUGGCCGCACUACCCAGCGGAAGAACAUGCAUUUAUCCGUGCCCAAUGCGGAAACUUAUCUGACACAGGCCGAUGAUGUUGAAUGUACAAAAACCGAUCAGAUUUCCCGUGCCAACAAUGCCGACGAGGACGAGACCGCCGCGGAUGCCGCUAAAGAAACCGAAACACUGCUGUAGCAUGUGUAUAUGUGCCAGUAUUUCAUUACAGCCCAACCCGAUUCCAAUAUCCUGCGAUGUUAUGUCUGCCACCUGACCGGAAUUUUUACAUUUAAGCGGUUUCAAAGAACAGUUUAAUUAUGGCUGUACUGUACUGGGCUUAAACACUACCGACCGCAUUUUGUGAUAUUGUGACGCUACAUUGAAAAGACAUCUGCAGCCAACGUUUGUGGACACAGGCGCCGGUCUAGUCCAAGUUGCCAACAGAUGCUGGCUUUCAGAUUUUGGUUAUCAAACGACCAUUCUUUUUUUGCUUAGAUUAUUAUUCGACUGGCUUUGAUUUAUAGUGAAAUGAAUCGUGGUCAUUCAUGACAUACUUAAUCAGAAUGUUGUAAUUCUAAUCCCGGGAGAUGACUUUCCAUUGAAAAGCUCAAGACUGUUUUACAAAUGUGUGGCAGAUGCAUAUAGAUAGUUUAUUUAUAUAUAACGCGCUACUUUCAAUUGUACACAGUAGUGCGAGAUGGAUGCGCUUCACAUCAACUUAUAUUAAUUUUCAAAUUUGACUGACUUCGACAAUAUGCAGCGUAGCGAUUAA